UUCGCCUCUCCUAUACCUAGUCUGUGAUCAUGGCAAAGUUUUUUAAAGAUCUCUAGAAUUCCAACGACAGUACAGUAAUUUUGAGAUGUUAAAGAUUACAGUCAAUGUCACUAAAUAUAGCGGCAUAGAUAGGGUAUCGUCUAUUUUUCGUAAUGUCUAUUAAAAAGCGCAACUAAAGUAGGCAAACAGGCGUUGUUUAUGGACGCGUAAUUAAUAUUUUAACGAAGUAACUGUCAUUGGUGGAAUUAUCUAAAAUGUUGCCACAUUGUACACGAAAAAACAUUUAGGGGAAACCGUCAUAUCAUGACUAAUCUUAAAUAGCAAGGUAUUUUAUAACAGCGAUACCUGUUACAAUGCUUAAUUAAUUACAAGGACUUGUAUGAGACGUACACAACUAGAGAUCGAAAGAUGUUUAUAGUGGGAUUGACAGGUGGAAUAGCCACUGGAAAAAGUAGUGUUGCCGCUAUUUUCCGUGAAUGCGGCGUACCUGUCAUCGAUGCCGAUCAAAUCGCGCGGAAAGUUGUGGAACCAGGAAAACCAGCAUGGCACAAAAUACAAAAAGAAUUCGGAUCAGAAGUAUUCUUAGAAACGAAAGAACUUAACAGAGCUAAGCUCGGCGAUUUAAUAUUUAACAAUGUAGAAAAGAGAAAAAAGUUAAAUGCCAUAACACAUCCACAUAUAUACAAAGAAAUAUACUGGCAAACAUUUAAAUACUUUUUACAAGGUCAUCAAUUUAUAGUCAUGGAUUUGCCAUUACUCUUUGAAACUGGACAUAUGUUGAAUUAUUUGCAUAAAAUAAUUGUUGUGACUUGUGAGGAGGAUUUACAGUUGCAGCGACUUAUAGAAAGAACAGGGUUUACAGAAGCUAAAGCAAAAUUGAGAAUUGCUGCACAAAUGCCAUUGGACAAAAAAGCAGAAAUGGCAAACUUUGUCAUUGAAAAUUCUGGCAGUGAAAAGGAUACUAGAGAACAAGUUAUUAGAGUCAUUAAUGUGUUAAAGUCUUCCAAAUAUCAUUGGAAAUUGCGUCUUCUAAUUGGAUUCUGUUGCACUGUUUUACUGGCAGGUGUUUAUUGGUUGAGAAACAGAGGUGUUCGUUCAUUACCAACUGCAGCAUAAAUUUACAUGUUUAUGCAAUACAAAUAUCAUAUGCAAUACAAGUCAAUAACUUACUUCAAUAUAUUGUACAGCUAUUUUAACAUAUUUAGAAAAUAUUAAAUCCGAUGGUACUACUUUCUCAGAUAUUUUUAUAUUUGUUUUUAGUAUUUAAGAGUUAUGAUUCUGUGAUAUACAGAUGUUUUAUCUUGUUUUCUAAAUGAAAAAUAUUUAUGUUAAUAAGAGAUGGUAAUUAACUUCUGUUUUAUGUAUUUCAAUUAAUAGAGUGCUAUUAAUUGUUUUAGAUAUGUUCUACAGAAUUUAUACAAAAACAAAGUUUUGUAUAUCUAGUUACAUCCAGUACACAAAUAUGAAAGUGAUCAUAAUAAUUAAUACGACGGGUGAUUGUAUAAUAGUAAAUAGGAAAAUUUAAAAAUGGAACAAUUUAGGGAGUUACAUAGGAUUGAAUGAAAAAUACAUAUACGCUUAAAAUCGUUUAAGUCACUUACAGUAUCGUAUGUCAAAACCAUUGUUUUGCAUGUAAAGAAUCAUAGAACUAUUAUGGUGGAGUAAGCAAAGUGAAACAGGAAAUUGUACAUUUUACCUU